UGGUCUGCAAUAUCUCCCCACGCAAGAGUUGAUAAGACUGCUUUUAAUUCACGGUCACACUGUUCACGGUUCACAGAAGGAGGCUUGAGUUUAGACGCUGUAUCACCAACAAUGCUUGUGGUUGUAGCAACCGUUCUUCUCUUGGUAACUGAAACACACUCAACAAUCUGCCAAAGGGGAAAAAUUAUUCUUACAGGAGCCAACGGUCAGCUAAGCAGUCCAGAUCCGGGUAAAUCUGGAAUUUGUUCUUGGGAAGUUAAGAUCCCCGAAGAUUCACGGAUAGUUUUUUACUUCAACUUCUACGAGAUUGAGCAUUGCGGUAACAGUUACUCGAAUGAAAACAGGUGCGCUGGCUGCACUCGCAUAGAACUGAGGAACAGCUCUAAUAAACCACCAUGGUACACAUUCUGUGAUUUCAAAGCAAGCAUACCCGAACCUUUGUCCACCGACACAAGCACCCUUCUCGUGAAUUUCCAGUUGGAAGCAGAUGACAAAGAGAGCCGGUUCACUGCUGAAUACGAAUCUUGGCCAUCUCAUGAUAGGGUCGACCUGGUAACAACAUCAACCGCACAUAUUUCAAGUCCACUAUUUCCUGGCAGAUAUCCGAGGAAUUCGCAUUUUCGGUGGUCAGUGGUUUCUCCCUCGGGAUAUCGCGUGAAAAUUGAAUUCUCUAAGUUCGACUUGCGCUAUUGUGCUAGAUGUCAGGAAUGUGAUUUCCUAAGAGUGCAUGAUGGUGCUUCGCCUGAAAGCCAAGUGUUAGGGACAUACUGCUCAAAUCCUGGCACCCUAUACACUUCAGGAAAUAACGUUUGGAUAGAGUUUGUAGCAUCAAAGGACCUCAACCAAGUACAUGACAGCAUUGGGUUCAAAGCAACACUUUCAAGGGAAAUCAGGCUCUAUGUGAUUGUGGUACCGUGCAUUCUUGGAAUCUUUUUGGUAAGCCUCGUGGUCGCUAUCCUUGUUGUUAUGUGUCGCCGUCGCCGUCUCUCCCCAUCGGGAAAUGGAGCCCCUGUUGUACAGAUGUCCUUACUGAACGAAGACGACAAUUUUAGUAAUGCUCAUUUGUCCGAUGCUGGACCACACAUUGAAGCCAGCUUACCUGUGUAUCGUCCAACAACACAGAAAAUAAGGAGAUGACGAACCGCCUUACAUCAGCCAGAGAAGGAACGCUUUACACUGUUGUGUAAUAUGUUUAGUUGUGGUCAUUAUAUAGUCGUUGUACAAUUUUGUUUGUCAUAAGAUUCCCUUAACAUUUAUUUACAAAUAUGGUAAUGAGGUCAGGCUAUGAAGCGGUGAAAAGAAUUGGAAAACGGAAACGUCACCAUCAUAUGAUUUCCUGAAUCAGUUUUACUUCUCUUCUUGUCAUCAUGACCAAGUUACAGUAUGUGCAAUUGGAACCUGUAGAGAGGGAGAUUUUUCUCCAAGCCUUGAUUGAAAAUUCCAACAUUAACAGCUUUAUUAAGGCCGAGUUUUCUUCAAGGUUCGGACGAGUAUUAGUUUACGUUACUACAACUAUUUACAAUAGCUCAUUACGAUUCUUUAUUGUAAUCAACAUAACAUUUUAAGUUAGAAAAGGUGUGAUUUUCUACCCAAGUUGUGUGUGUUUAAAACACAGUAAGAAGUCGGAAAUGUGAGUAGAUGUAGCUGUGCGUCGAAAAUAGGAACAUCAGACAGAUAGUCAUAAUCAUUAGUCAGGCGGAGAGCUACCAUAGUUGAAUCAACUAUCAACUAUAAUCUUUUUUAUAUCCCUAACUGCCGGAUUCGCUCGCUCGGUGUUCGCUCAUUGAGGCGCGUGGUCCUGAAUCGGCCAAACCAUCUGAUGGUCAGAGCUCGAAUAAUUCGCCGAUGCGUGCUGAAAACUUUAUUUGAAAAUGUUUUUUCCUUUUAUAACGAAAUUUGCCUUUACCUUUAUUUUUUUCUUUGUUUGUUUUGUUGUUGUUGUCGUUGUUUUUUUUUUUUUGAAGACAAACUUUUUUUUUGAAAGUGAGAGAGUUAAGAUCUGAGUAGAUUUUAAUCAACUGAUUCACUCAUUCACUCAGUGUUAGUUACCAGUGUUAUUAUGACUAUUGAGUGGCUAGUCCACUGUGAUUACUAAAACGGUAGUAAGCAAACAAUUACGAUUAUAGAAAUAGUGAUAAUAAUUAAUGAUAAUCAUGAAAAUAGUGACUACUUAGUCGUGUCAAGUCCUGUAUCAUAGAACAGUGAUUAACAGUUUGAAUCUCAGAUGGAGGCUACAGUGAACAACCAUUCUAGGUGUUGUGUAUCCUGAACUCAUAUCCAAUGACAGUGUGAUGAUAAUGUCGCGGCGGUAAAGGCCUGAGACUGCUUGGUCAAUUGGGAUAGAAAACUUAAAAAAUAAGAAGGAUUUCAAAGACUCAGUGUAAAAGAGAGUCUAGGCCAAAGUAUAGGCUAAGGUAACAGGCUAAUGAAUUGACCAGUUUAAUGUCUAUUAAACAACGAAGAAAACAGACAA